AUGGUUCCCUCUCCUUCCUCUUCCACCCAAGGUAUAUCGGAAGAAUUCGCUGGAACAAUGCGAAUUUCGAGUCCGGUCCCGAGCCCGAGUCCUUUGACGUGGAGGUCAACUUCGAGAGGUCGAAGUCCAAAUAUCAAACUCGGUAUAUCACCUCCACCUGAGCAAGAACCGCUCUCCCCGCCGACGUUUAAAUCUCCCACCUCUUCUUUCACGCAUUCCGCCAGUCGGAGUCUCUCGCCACAUUCACCCGUUCAAACAGGAUCCUCUCGUUCACGUUCUUGUUCUCCUGCACAACGAAGGAACUCCGUAGGAUAUUGUCCCCCGCUAACUCCUACUCCAGUUGUGGUUCCAGUUCAAAGUCGAUGCACGAUUAUACCUGUCAUCCAGGGAUUCAGCCGUGCACAUAAUCAAAGUUCCCCUGAAAGGGUUCACGCUCAUAGCCUUUCUCACUCGCCAUCGCGUCGGCACCGACCGUGUACCAGAUCAAGGUCAAGAAGUCCUACAUAUCACCAUCCCAGAAAUCGUUCGCAUUAUUAUUCAAGGUCGAGGAGUCAUUCAAAUUCACGAUUGACGCCACAGCGGUGUCGUCCAUCAACAUGCCUCUCGCGUUCACCUUCACCUUCACCCAGGUGUUAUCGCUAUCGCCCUCGUUCUACUAGAUCUCCUUCGUGCAUCAACAUAGAAACACAUCGUGAAUAUAACUUUGAUGACGCAAAUGUUUCUUUUAUUGUGGAGGAUCGUAUGAGAUAUAAUGUCCACCGAUAUCUUUUCCUACGGGAAUCUCGAUUCUUCCGUGGCGUGCUCUCCGCUCGGCCUGACAGACAGGGAGAAAACUACGUCAUUCCAGGCUUGAAGGUAGAGGAAUUUGAAAGUCUCUUGUGUUUCUUUUAUGAUGGGAUGUACCAAAUUUCGCCAACUAAAAUGCCCAUAAAGUUCUGGAUCAAUCUUCUAUCCAUCUCUACCCGACUGGAUUUUCCCAAAGCAAGGGAUCGCGCUAUCGCUGCUAUUGAUAUUCUCCAAUCAUCCGGCAACUCCAAUUUCGUUGGCCCAGCAGAAAUGAUCCAGAUUGCGAACUCAAACGAGGUCGAGAGAUGGCUGGCCCCAGCGUAUUCUGCCCUCUCCGAGCGCGAAGAGUUCUUGUCGGACUUUGAGUCAGAAAUUAUUGGCACCAAAGGGGUCUUGUUGAUUGCUAAAGCGCGGGAAGCCCGGUUGAAGAAGGUGAUUCAAAGGAUGGCCUCACCCAGCGUUGAUCAGAAUGGUUGGCCGCAAAUAAAAUCCACAACGGGCUCAAAACCGUUCGGACCUGCUGAAGUCACGACGUAUUCUCAGGAAGCGGCUCAAUGCGGACCAGCGGCUCUAGCCUUCAAAGCUGGUAUUCCAACUGGGUACACUACUUCAGUUGCUCAGUGCAAUGUCUGUCCUUCUACUACAGUCGCAGGCCACACAAUCAGUAUGCCUACGUCCCCACUGCCCUAUCCGGAUCCCAUCCUUUCAGCAAUACCCUCAACUUCUACGAAUCCAUUCACUGUGGGCAUGGGAGCCCGUUCUUCUUUUUCUAUCGGACACUCGGCUCGAAACUCCCCGUCUCUAGGACUCGGGAUGAGGUCUGUCCACGCAUCUAAAUCAUCGUCAUCACCAGCAAGGCCGAGGUCGGUGGCGGAAACGGUCGUAGACGAAAUUUUCUUUAACAGCGGAGCCUAA